AUGGCUGCUGCUGUUUUUCAGCCCCUCGUUUUCCAAAAGGGACCUCUCAAGUUCAUCAUCGAGUCUCUGGACACGAGUUGCGAUCACGACUAUGUCGAGUAUUUCCAUAAGGUGCCCAACUCCGGCCUGCUCUACACCUUUCGAGUUGUUAAACUAGCUUCAGCCUUCUCCAUCGACAUAGUGUCGAAGGUCACGAAAACCCAGAGGAUAAUGUACAAGAUGGUGAACAUUAGUGGCUGCGAGUUCCUGAGCAAUCCCAUUCUAUACAAGGCCUUCGACGCGGCCUACAAGAGCCUGGUGGUCAACGGCAGUUUCUUCAAGUGCCCCAUCAAGCCGAAAGUGUACUUUCUGAAGAACGAGGCCACAUUGUCGUUAUUUCCCAGUUUUCAUCCACCUGGACGCUUUCAGCUCUCGAUGCGGGUGAAAAUGAGGGAAAGUCGUGGCCCGUUCGUCAUGGAAAUGCUGUGGAAGUACAAAAUUGUGCGCAUCUAA